UCCGCUCCCUUCUGGUCACUGGGGCCAACCGAGGCAUCGGCCUGGGACUCGUCCAGCAUUUCCUGAGGAUGCCAAAACCACCACAGUGGAUCUUUGCAGGCUGUCGGGACCCCAAGGGACAGCGAGCACAGGAGUUACAGAAUUUGGCCUCCAAGCACCCCAACAUCAUCAUCAUCCCGCUCGAAGUCGCCAACCCCACCAGCAUCAAGGCAGCUGCAGCCCAGGUUGGGGAGCACCUGGGGGGCUCUGGGCUCAACCUCCUCAUCAACAACGCUGGAAUUGCAAGGCCAAAAUCCAUUGAUAAUGAGACACUGGAGACUAUGUGUGAGGUUUACACCACCAACACAGUUGGACCCUUGCUGAUGGGCCAGGCAUUUCUGCCCUUGCUGAAGAAGGCUGCCCAGGGGAGCCCAGGCUCAGGGCUGAGCUGUAGCAAGGCUGCCAUCAUCAACAUGUCCAGUUACGCAGGCUCCAUUGAGGAUAUGUACGUAUGGGAGUUUGGACAAGUUGUCUCCUACCGCUGCAGCAAGGCUGCUCUGAACAUGCUGAGCAAGUGCCAGUCCCUGGCGUACAAGGAGCACGGCAUCCUCUGCGUCGCUCUCCACCCCGGCUGGGUGCAAACUGACAUGGGCAGCUCUGCUGGACAGCCGCCACCUACGACAGUGGAUGACAGCGUGCAAGGGAUGCUGAAGGUCCUCUCCUCCCUCUCUGAGAAGGAGACCGGUGCCUUCCUGGACUGGGAAGGGAACGUCAUACCCUGGUGAGACACCACUUCAUGAUCCUGGCAGCAGGACCCUGUGACACUGCUCCCACGUUUCCCACAUCCUCAAUAAACUCCUGCUGAGACCCCCACCUCUGUUGAGGAUUGCCAGCUCAUGGGAUGGCCCUUCCCAGAUACCCCACUCCUCACCCCAGGAUGCAGUGGUGCCCAGAGCUGCCCCAAACCCACAGCUGUCACUGGCAUGCCCAUGAGUGUCCCAUGGCACCGUGACUGCUCUCUGGAGACCUCCCCUCCAGGAGGCACUGGAGGAGCUGGAGCAGAGCCCCUCUCCUGAGAGGAGAGAGAUCUUUGAGCCCCUGCACAACUGGC